AGCACCACCCAACGAAACGUCCUUGCAUACAUUCGUAUCGCCGUCGUUAUCAUCAUCGUUUUCUUGGUUUACUUCGCCCAUGGGAUUGACAACGCCCGCCAUAACCUCUCUCUAGGCGACAGCGGCAGUAUUGCGCGCUGAAUAACCGUGGAACAGUUUCCAGUCUUUCACUACAAGAACAGCUGUGACUGAGAAUGACUCUUCAACACAGGACAGCUCGAGUAUUUUCAGGUAAUUUUCUCCGAAGUUCCGUCACCUUCCUGGUCGGACUGGUUGCCCUGUAUGGUGCAAUGGAAUGGUGGGCACGGAAAGACGACACGCGCGUCACGCACGAAGAGAGGCUGUCCUUUGCAGAAUAUAUCGAUGUCGAGAACCCAUGGGAUACCUUUGAUUACAAGCGAGCUGAUGUGCCAGCAGAGGUCCUUAGGUUAUCUUCAAAGCUGGCCAUCCACGAAGGCACUGCUAGGUUUCGGGACCUGGCCGUGCACUACCGAGAAAUCGUUCCUCAGAUGGAUCAUCCAAAGUUCCACGUUCUGCUUAUGCAUGGUCGUCACUAUACGUCACAGACGUGGGUUGACAUUGGAACCUUGAGACUGAUUGCUGCAAUAGGUUUCAGAGUGGUUGCUGUCGAUAUGCCUGGUUUCGGGAAGACUAAAAUAGGACGUAUAGGUGACCGCUAUACUUUCAUGUCUGCCUUGAUUUCUGCACUGAACCUGACAAAGCCAGUCAUCGUCACCCCAAGCUGGAGCGGCUACCUCGUGUUAGCACACACAACCAAGUACUGGCAGAACAUGACUGGACUUGUGGCCGUUUCCCCUAUUGGCUGGGAGGCAUUCGAGAUAGCAUGCAACAAGACAGAUGAAGAGAAUACCACAAAGGAAACUCCGGAAAAACCCAAGGACAAGAAGAAAAAGAAGAAAUCCAAAGCAAAGAACGUAAAAAAGAAGGAUGCCGAAAAAGAAGGAAAAGAUGGGAAGGUGGAAAGAAAGGAACAAAAGGAUGUAGAAAAGGAUAUCGAGAGAGAGGAACAAAACGACGUAGAAAGGAAGGAAGUGAAAGAAAGGCACAAAAAGACCAAGGAUCAAGUUUAUCAGCCCUUGCAGAUGUUCCUUCCAGAAGAAGUUCCAGAUGUCAGCUGCAUUCCCGUACCAACUAUGGUUGUGUUUGGCGAUCAAGACCGUUCUGCAUCUGGAGCCUACCUGAGUCUCUUGCCCAGCAGCCGCAUUGCAGAGUUUUCUCGUGCCAGGCAUGCUCCCUACAUGGACAAUCCAAAACUGUGGCACAAGCUGCUAUACAACUUCCUGAUGAGACUGUUUUACGAAUCGCGAGAGGUAUGACACGAGAUAUUUCGCAGGGUUUGAAGGACUGCAAUGUUUAGUGGCUUGUUACCAAUGUUGAAUUUGUAUUUUGUGUUUAUGGUUGUAGUUGAGAACACGCAUCGUUACUGGCCUUACAGCUCUUGCACAAAUUCCUGUGACUUUAGUGCACAAAUCCAUAGCCCAUCACGUGCACAUUCCCAGUUACUGAUCUUUGUCUGCAUUGAUUGCACUGUGGAACAAAUACUUUGCCCACCACAGCAGCAGUACAAUUCAACACCAGCAAAUAUUUAUUAUUAUUAAAAGGUGACCACAGUUUCAA